AUUCAUAGCAGUAACCAACUUUUGAUACGAGAUGUUUCCAAUUAUUAUCCUCGCCCUGGUGGCUUCGGUCACGGCUAACGUCAUCGUUGACUCUCAGUGCCCAGAUCCUAAGCCAGUUGAGAACUUCAAUUUUGCCGCUUUUGGGCAAGGAACAUGGUACGAAUUAGCCAGGUAUUCCAAUAACGCUGAGAAGAUGGGCAAGUGCGGUCGUGCUGAGUACGUACGGGAAGGCGAUGUCAUCAAAGUAAAGAACGUGCACAUUGCCAACAAUAAGCUUGCCUCUAUAGAAGGUACCGCGAAAUUGGCUGACGACGCUGGAAACACUGGCAAGCUUGUCUACACCCUACCUUAUGGACCAUCUGGCGCUGAAACUAAGAAUGUCUUGAAUAUUCUUGCCACCGACUACGAAAACUACGCUAUCGGCUACCACUGCAAAUACGACGAAGCCAAGAAGACACGUCAAGACUUCGCUUGGGUUCUCUCCAGGACAAAAACGCUUGAUGAAACCGUGAAGAACACUGUUGAGAACUUCAUCAAGGAAUCGAAGAUACUUGACCUCAGCAAGUUCACAUGGCCAGACUUCUCCGAGGUUGCCUGCAAGGUUAAUUACGGCAAUGGCGUUUGGUACGAAGUUGCGAAGUACCCCCAUGGAAAUGAAAAGAAGGUGAAAUGCGGUUCCGCUGAAUAUAAACUGGAAGGUGAUGUUAUAAAAGUGAAGAACACCUAUAUCAAGAACAACAAACUUAAGGUCAUCCAGGGUACCGCCAAACUCGCCACUGACGCUGGUACCACCGGCAAAUUGGUCCACAGCAUGCCUUUUGGAGCGAAAGGCGCUGUGACUGAUAGUGUCGUGAACAUUCUGUCUACUGACUAUGAUAACUACUGCAUCGCUUACUUCUGUCAAUUCGACGAGAAUAAGAAGGCCCGCCGAGAGUUUGCCUGGGUCUUCUCGAGGUCUAAGACUCUGUCUGACGAAACUAAAGCUACUAUUGAGAAGUUCAUCAAGGACUCCACGCUUUUGAACGCCAGCAAAUUCGUAUGGCCAUCAUUCACCGACGAAGACUGUAGGGUCGACGCUUAAACGCAGAUAAAAUGAAAAUAAGAAAUUGUGGCACAUUUAUUAUUAAAUAUUUCUUUAAUUUAUGCAUUCUAAGACUUUAUUUAC